AUGGACGGGGGCUGUUCCUUGGCUAAAGCGGCGGACUGCGUGUGUACCAACACCACUCUUCAAGCGCAUGUGUCACAAUGCGUCCAGACAUCCUGCAUAUAUGCAGAUCAAGUUGGUACGCUACAAAAGUUUCAUCUCGACGUAAAAGCAUGUUUGUUACCCAGUAGACCCACGACUGACAGAGAAUCUCUUCCUCUAGUCGCCGCCCAUAUAUCCCGUGACCUGUGUCGCGGAUACCCGAUCGAAGACCGCCGAAGCUCGACUAGGAUCCCCGCCAUCGUACUCCCAGCCAUAACCAUUGCCGUGGUUCUCCUGAGGUGCAUCUCGAGGAUAGCGGUUGCAAAAGGGAUGUGGUGGGACGACUGGAUUGCGCUGGUGACCACGGACGGAGUCUGGCUAAUUGUUAGACAGUUUUUUCUUUCUGCAUCAGGUGUCAUCGCCCUGAUAAGUAUGAGAAUUCCGUACAAGGCUACUUGCUCUAGGCCAUUGGCGCAGUCUAACCUUCUCUCUGACAGACCAUCGAAUCGGUUUCGGGCUUCACUACUGGGACAUCGACCCAGGCAAAGCGACGACAAUCUUGCAGGUUUGAAGGCCACUUGA